GACACGUGAGUUGAGAAAUCAGUCUGGGGUCACUCUUCUAAACAGAGAAGAGGGGAAGAAAAGGGAAGCUGAGAUUGAGAGGUUUUCUUCUUUGUCUCUUAGUAACUAACAUUGCACCCGUGGCUCAUCCCCCAGGGUUCUGCCUAAACGUCCCGGGGCAUUUGGCGGAAGCUUUCUAGGUCCCGACCCUGCGAACGCUAGACCAGCAGAGGGCGCCAGGUGGGCCGCGGCCCCAACCCCAGGGCGGCGUUAUGGCCGCCGCGCGGGUGCUGCUGCUCCUGUCCGGGCGCGCGGAGUCGCCGAGCUUCGCCCAGAGUGUGUGUGGCCUCCUGGGCGCCGGGCCAGGGCUCGGGCCGUGGCCCACGCACUGCGGCUUGAAGCGAGGACGACUAGUCCUCUCGGACGGGCCAUUCCCUGGCUCCUCGGCCAGGCUUCCGCUCCAGCGACCCCCUUUCUGCCCUUUUGCGGCCCUGGACCAGCAGCUCAGGACUCCGGGGGCCGAGCUGCCCAGCAACCGAGGUGUGGAUCUGGGUGUGGCCGUCCUUCUGCAGUCCAGCGACCAGUCUGUCUUGUUAACGCGCAGGACACGCACCCUCAGCGUUUCUCCCAACCUCUGGGUACCCCCAGGUGGGCACGUGGGACUUGAUGAAGAGCUGUUGGACGGAGGGCUGCGAGAGCUUCAGGAGGAGACUGGACUACAGCUGCCCCACAGCCAGUUCUCUUGGGUCCCUCUGGGGUUAUGGGAGUCUGCCUACCCUCCUAGGCUGAGCUGGGGUCUCCCCAGAUACCAUCACAUCAUUCUCUAUCUACUCGUGGUCUCCUGGGAGUCACAGCAGCAGCUGCAGGCCCGGAUCCAACCAAACCCAAGUGAGGUGAGCGCCUUUAUGUGGCUGGGACCAGAGACAGCAGCUGCCGUGGCUGCUGCAGAGGAUGGGACAGAGACACUCACACAUCUUCCCCGGGACCUACCACCCUCUGUCCUCCCUCUCCUGCCAUGGCGGGAGGAUUCGGUGAAGUGGGCUAAGCCACAAGGCACAGCCCAGACAGGAGCUGUCACCAUGCAGUACAGUGGAACUAGGGGAGGACGAAAGAGCUCGACCCCUGGCCUUGCCCACAUCCACGCUACUGCGGACGACCCCGACCACAGCAGAAGGCAACGAGAGGGUCAGCGCUGGGACCAAGUUUGCCCUCAGGCUCUGGCUGCAGCAUCUGGGCAGGUAGAGCCGGAAUGGCAGCCGAGGUGACAGGACAGUGCUUUUUGGUCGGGGGCAGGUCCUCCUCAUCUGAUGAGCUCUCUAUUGUCAAGUCGAUAACUUCAACCUUCUUCUUACUCUCUGAUGGAUUGCCCUCUUGGACUGGGCUGUACUGGAGGCCUGUGGGUGGUAAGAGGACUGUGUCUCAGAGAAGAGGCCAUCCAAGACUCAGGUCGGCUGGGGGACAGGGGGUCACUCACCAUCCAGCCCAUACCCUGGCGGGGGGCAAACCUCAGAUGCCUCCUUCUUGGGUUUCAUUGGGCACCAGGAUCCAUCUUCCAUGAACUGUAUCUCAUCACAAUCCGAACAGGAAUUAAGUAUCUCCAUGAAUAAGCUGGGGGGAAGGGGAGAUACGGGAAUUCAUGAGGCUGGGAGAUAGCUGGGAACAGUAGCCAGGGAGUUCUGGGACUCACCUUCCUGAACCUCAGUUUCCUCAUCUGUGAAACAGGGAUAUUAUUCACCCCAACUCACCUCUCUUGAGUUGUCAGAAUCAAGUAAAGUAUGUAAAAGAGCUUUGCAAACUUCAAAUGCUACGUUUUCAAAAAAAAAAAAAAUACAUUCUAA